GUUUUCUAAAUCUCAAAUCUAAUGAGCAUUUGAGGAACGAAAGAAAUGAUGAUCAUCCGAACAUCAUCUAUCUUUGCUUUCUUAGUACUGCUAAUGAUUGAAUCAGCAGCAGGCCAGGCUCAGGUGAAGCCCGGUUGUCAAGAGCGUUGUGGGAAUGUCAGCAUUCCAUACCCCUUUGGAAUCGGAACAGGUUGCUACAUGAGCAAAGGGUUUGAGCUCUACUGUGAUAACGGUACCAAUCCUACUAGAACUCUACUAAACAGCACAAGAAAUAUUGAGGUACUGUAUUUCUCUCUUAUGCCCAGCUUUAUUACCGUCAAACUACCCACAAACUGCACGAAUUGUGCCAGAACCUGGGCACAUUUGAAUCUUUCUGGAAGUCUUUUUAUGUCCGUCUGGUCAGGAUCCAUCUUGGAGGAAUAUGUUUUAGGCGUGUUAGAAUGGGCGAUUACUGAUAAGGAUGUAUUACAAUUACCACAUACAAAUGAGAGUGCAUUUAAUUGUUUCAAGUUUAAUGGUCCUAAUGAUACUGUUGGUUAUGGUUAUUACAACGAAUCCGACUUGUUCUCAUUGUAUACUAUUGGUUAUGGUUAUUACAACGAUUCCGACUUUUUUUCAUUGUAUAAUUUAUCUUCAAUGUCCUGGAACGCAAGUCAACGAUGUGUUUGUGCACGUGGAUUUGAAGGCAACCCUUAUCUACCUCAUGGAUGUCACGAUAUCGAUGAAUGCAAAGACGCUCAGCACAAUUCCAUGUGUUCUGCGGGCUCAAUUUGUGUAAACAAGAUAGGGAGCUACACUUGCGAACCCAAAGAAGGCAAAAAAGCCUUGCCAAUAAUUUUGGGCGUUAGCCUAGGGCUUGGAGUAGUGUGCUUACUUAUUGGUGCAUACUGGUACGAAAUUUUAAAGAAGAGGGAGGAAAAGAACCUUCAGAGGCAGUUCUUCAAAUUAUUAUUGCAGCAACAACUUUCUUCAACUGAGGGUAAUAUUGGAAGGACCAAAAUAUUCAGCACCAAGGAGUUGGAGAGGGCAACUGACCAUUUCAACAAGAAUAGAAUACUUGGUCAAGGAGGCCAGGGUACUGUUUAUAAAGGAAUGUUGACUGAUGGAAGAAUUGUUGCGGUUAAGAAGUCCAAAGCACUAGAUCAAGAGAAAGUUAAAGAGUUCAUCAAUGAGGUGGUCAUUCUUACACAAAUUAAUCAUAGAAACAUUGUUAAGUUAUUAGGCUGUUGUUUGGAGAAUGAAGCUCCUUUGCUAGUUUAUGAAUUCAUCCCUAACGGAACACUUUUCCAGUAUAUACGUGAUGAAAAUGAAGACUUCCCAUUAACCUGGGAAAGACGAUUAACAAUUGCAGCAGAAGUUGCUGCUGCCCUUUCCUACUUGCACUCAGCAGCCUCCAUUCCAAUUUAUCAUAGAGAUGUCAAGUCCUCAAAUGUUCUACUGGAUGAAAAGUACAAGGCAAAAGUUUCGGACUUUGGAACAUCAAGAUCAAUUGCCAUUGAUCAAACUCAUUUGACUACAAAUGUUCAGGGCACAUUUGGGUACUUGGACCCUGAAUAUUACCAAUCUAGUCAAUUUACAGAAAAGAGUGAUGUUUAUAGUUUUGGAGUUGUCCUUGUUGAGCUCUUAACAGGAGAAAAACCAAUUUCUUUAGCAAGGGCAGAAGGAGGAAGAAGUUUGGCCUCUCAUUUCAUUCAUUCCAUGGAAGAUAAUAGUCUCUUGAGUAUUCUUGAUGCUCGAGUUAGGGAGAGUUCUGCAUGUGAAGAGAUAACAAAGGUCGCUAAACUUGCACAUCGAUGCUUGAACUUGAAUGGUAAAAUGCGGCCAAAGAUGAUAGAAGUUGCUAUGGAGUUAGAGCAGAUUCAUCUUUUGCAAAACAAUUCAAAUGGUCAACAGAAUCAUGAAGAGGUUACAUAUGUCAAAAGUGAAGUAACCAAUCUCUGGGAUGGUACCUCGACAUCAAUAGGUUCAGGUUUGGACUCUGGAGCUGUGAAUUCCUUUGAUGAUUUUAAUGACAACAAAACCAUUGGAAAAGUUUAAUCAGGAGCUUCUUUGUUCAUAGACAUGCAGCCAUUAAUUUCCAAUAAAUCACAGGGAUUUAACUGAUUUAUCCUAGAAUGAAUUUAUUCCAUGUUGAGGAACAUCGUAAGCUCUUUCUUUCUUUAGUGUUUGAAAAUUUGUAGUUCAUCUAAUUUUUAUUUUUGUUGCUUUGUAGUUUAAAGUUCAAAUAAAGUUUAUGUACUGCUCGGUUAGAAUAAUUUGAUAUCAUGAUG